AAUCCCCUUGAAGCGGACGUUCUAGGAUACAGAAGAUACGAAGGAUGUGAGCAACAUACGCACUGUGCGGAUGGUGGGGAUUCCUCAAAAGAAGAAACAAAGCGAGGGGAGGGGCGUGCUGAGGGCCUGAGCUGUGUGUGCCUCGGGGAGAGUCUUACUUCCUCUGGGACCGUUAUCUCUGAGGGUGUGCCUAGGAUGUGUGCUUGGGGGUGCCAUCGGUAUUUCCAGUGAUGAAGGCUGGGUGAUUCUGUAUAUUUGUCUGCAGGGCCACAUGUGUCUGUCCGAGAGGUUCCAUGUGUUCCAUCAUCCUGGUGUGUCCAGGCAGGAGUGUCAGUGCCUGUCUCACUGCAUGCUGUAGUGGUUUUUUUGUGCCUAUGUAUGGGCUCCCCAGUCUGUGUGUCAUGAAAUAUAAAGGCCUGUCAGGUGCAGAUUCACAAGCGGGUUCUACUUAACUUCUAAGAGGCAUAUAAUCAUCGUGUAUUAAAUUCCUACAUGUGAAAAAACUGGAAACCUUUACAGUUAUUUUUAGUAAGUUUGUGCAAGCUCCAUACUGCAUGAAAUGGAAAGGUUGGGAUCAAGCCAACUUUUUAGGUUUAUUCAGUAAUCAGUGAAAUGAAAUAAAAUUCAGAUAUACAAGUAAGUUUUAAAGUUUCUUUAUUUUGAGAGAAGUGUGGGGGCAGGGCAGAGAGAGAAUCCCAAGCAGACUCUGCUGUCAGCACAGAGCCUGAUGUGGGGCUCGAUCUCCUGAAUCAGGGGAUCAUGGACCUGAGCUGAAAUCAAGAGUUGGAUGCUUAAUGACCGAGCCACCCAGGCUCUCCUUAUGCAUGAAUGCUUUGAUACAUAUAUGUGUCCAUGAAACCAUGACUGUGAUGGUAAUAAACUAGAAAACUCAGUUUUGAAUGAGGACCGAGUUACAAAUGGGAUAUUGGACAGUAUAAAUUCUCAAUUUAUUAGAUACCUACCAAAAAUUGGAGCUCGUUGCAGGGAUAAAAAUGUUUCCAUGUUAUAAAAUACAAAUAUCACCAUAUUUUACCAAGAAGACGAAGCAGGCAUUGCUGCCCAGUGGUAAAAAUUAUGGAUACGUUAACACAUGGACAGUAACAAAGGAUUAUUUAAAAGGGAGUAAUAAAUCUGUCAACUCCAUGUAUGAUAAUCAACUUACUGAAGAUUUACGUGAAGGAGGAAGCUAGAACACUCUUAGAAGUUACGGCAAGUUUUUGUGACUUUGGAAUAUGGGGAGUUUUCUUACAUAAGAAAAAAUAGUAAGCUACAAAGGGAGAGAAUGAGAAAUUAAACUAUUAAAACUAUUUACAGACCACUGAAAUGUAGAAUAAAGGGGGUACAAAGAUAAACCACGGUCUGGGAGACAAUAUUUGCAAUACGUACAAAUGAAAAAGAUUCAUAUCCAGAGUAUAUGAAGAAAUCAGAAGAAACCAAUAAACAUACAAAUGAAUUAAAAGUAAGAAAAUGAUGAAGAUUACACAGACGAAAGACAUACAAAGUGCUCAAUAUCAUUGGUAAUAAGCAAGACACACGAGGCAAUCCUGUUUCACAUGGACUAUAUGGGCAAAUAUUCAACAGUUGCAGCGUGGUCAAUCAUCUUAUGCAAGAAUAGUGGGACUGUUGAUUCACACAUCCCAUUGGCAUUUCCUAUAAAUUUGAAAUUAUCCAUGGUCUCCAAUUCGGUAGUUUUUCUCCAAUGUGUAGAGGAUUUGUUAUGAACUGCCACUUGGAAAUCGAGACAAGAAUGAUAGGAGCAGCAAUUUCCACGCCAGGAAAACAUACACAUGAAAGAGCCCCGAAACUAUAAGCACUGGAAAGGAUGAGUAAAUUGGGUCACCCCCAGCCACAGAUGCCUGCAUGCGUGAAACAGACUGAGGCAAGGAAAUCAGUGACGACCAUGUUCCAGAGAGAGACACAGAAUCCGAAGCAGGCUCCAGGUUCUGGGCUGUCAGCACAGAGCCUGAUGUGGGGCUCGAACUCAAAAGCGGUGAGUUCAUAACCUGAGGCCAAGUCAGACGCUCAACCGACUGAGCCACGCAGGUGCCCCCAAAUGUCUGUGUUCUUAAAGAGCCCAGACCCAAGGGUGACCUUGCAGUCCCAAGCCAACCUCUGACCCCUGGAGGACACCGGGGCCUCCUGUCCUGUCUUGUCCCAGCCCAGCUGGGAUUGGACACCCCUCCUUCUCUGGACAGAGAGGUAUUGCUCGGUGGGGAAAUGGGAGUCUGGAAACAGGAGGUGCCACAGACCUGCGGGAAGACGCCGAAGUCCUUGGGGGAGCUAGAGCUGGUUCUGCUUGUACCCAAGUGUCCCUACUGUGACCAGCCGGAAGGGCCCAGCCACUCGUGUUGCAGUCGUGCUGAAUCGUCCCGUCGGGGGCCCUGGGGCGAGGGUGGUGGAUUAUCUGGUUGGGAGGGCUGGGGCGGGGUCUGCAAGCCCUGUCCAAUCAGGGUCCGCGGUCUCGGAGCACCGUCCAAUCAGAACCGCGGGCGGGCUCCCAGCCGUGUGGGCUGGGCUCUCAGACCGCCAGAGGCGCUAGUGUGCACCUGCCCCGUGCGGCUGCAGGUGUCUGGGUCGGCGUCGCGCUCACCUGCCUGGGCCAUGGAGCCACGGGGAGGACGCCAGGAGAGCCUGCAGCGAGGCCGCGAGAUGGACUCAGUGGUCUUUGAGGAUGUGGUUGUGGACUUCACCCAAGAGGAGUGGGCCCUGCUGAAACCUGCUCAGAAAAAGCUCUACAAAGAUGUGAUGCUAGAAACCUUCAGGAACCUGGUCACAGUAGAUGAUGAGAAUCAACUUAGAACCAAUGGGUCCACUUCUCAGCAGGUUAUUUUUGGAGAAAAAUUAUCCAAUGAGCAGAAAAUAGCAAGGUUCACAAAAAAUGAUUCCUGGACCUCCCUUUUUGGAGAAAAUUGGGAAGACCAGUGCAUUGAAGAUAAGCACAACAACCAGGGGAGACAUUUGAGCAGAAAUCAUAUGGUGGAGAGACUCUGUGACAGUAGCAAAGGUAAUGCAUGUGGAGAAACCAUCAACCAUAUUCCAAGUCUUAAGCUGUACAAGAAAACGCCUACUGGAGUAAAACUGUAUGAGUGUAUUCAGUGUGGAAAAGUCUUCAGGCAUCGUUCAUCCCUUAAGAGGCACAAAAGAAGUCAUACUGGACGCAAACUGUAUCAGUGUGAGGAAUGUGGGAAAGCGUUCAGUUGUUCUUCCUACCUAAGGAAUCAUGUGAAAACUCACAGUGGAGAGAAACCCUAUGCCUGUAAACUUUGUGGGAAAACAUUUAUUCGUUCCCACUCCCUCACUGGACAUAUAAGGAGUCACACUGGAGAGAAACCCUAUGAAUGUAAGGAAUGUGGGAAAGCCUUCAGUUGCCCCAAAUCCUUCCGCGUACAUGUGAUGAUGCACAAUGGUGGGAAGCCCUAUGAAUGUAAGCAGUGUGGGAAAGGCUUUAGCUGUCCCAAAUCCUUUCGAGUACAUAUGAUAAUGCACACUGGAGAGAAACCCUAUGAAUGUAAGCAGUGUGGGAAAGCCUACUGUUGGCUCACAUCCUUUCAGAGACAUGUGAGAAUUCACAAUGGAGAGAAACCCUAUAAAUGUGAAAAAUGUGGGAAAGCGUUUGGUUGGCCCUCAUCCCUACACAAACAUGUCCGAAUGCACACUGGAGAGAAACGUGUAAACAUAAGCAACGUGGGAAGGCCUUCAGUUGGCCCUCAUCCUUCCAAAAAUGUAAGAACGCACACUGAAGAGAAACGCUAUGAGUGUGAAAAAUGUGGGAAAGCAUUUGGUUGGUCCUCAUCCUUACACAAACAUGACAGAAAGCACACUGGUGAGAAACCCAUAAAUGCAAGCAAUGUGGGGAAGCUUUCGGUCAUCCUUCCAAACAUGUAAGAAUGCAGACUAGAGAAAAACCCUGUAAGUGUGAAAAAUGUGGGAAAGCCUUCAGUUGGUCCCAAUCCUUCUAAAACCAUAAGGAUAAAGACUAGAGAGAAACCUCAGACGUGUGAAAAAUGUGGGAAAACUUUCAGUUGUCUCAAAGCGUUUCGUAGUCAUGUGAGAACUCACAGUCAAAAGAAAGUUUCUAAAUAUAAGAAAACCUAAUGCAUAUUAAUUCAUGUAAAAUAGUUUGGAAAAUCCACACCAGAAGAGAAAUAUUAUAAAAGUUACACAGUAUUGCUCAGUAUCUCAUCCUUAAUGUGGACCUCUGGCAAGUGAAUUUCCAUGUCUCUUUCAACUAAACAUUGAGAUGAAAAUUCUCAAGUAUUCUGAGUACAUAUACACAGUACAUGAAUUUUGAUAUAUUGUAGGUUUUCUCCCCCUUCAUGAAUUCAGUUAAUAUUUCUGCAUCCAUUUUGAAGUGUGAUUCACCCACAGGUGGUUGAUGUGUUUUAAAUAUGCAUUAGGUUUAAUUUUAUAUAGUUUUUAAAUUGUUCUGUAAGUAUGGGGCCUUUAGACUAAUGUGACAUUGGUAUUUGUUUGGAUUUUCUUACUGGCCAAGUAUGUUCCAAGCUGGGUAUCACUUUCCCAUUACAUACAUAUAUUCCAUUUUACUAUCUUCCUGAGAGAACUUACAACUUGACACUUAAAGUUGACACUUCUUAAAAAAAAAAAAGUUGACACUUCUUUACUUACAUCAUAAGGUAUAUGUUCUCAACACUUUUUUUUUUUUGCCAGAGGAUCAUUAUUCCAUUAUUCCAUUUUGCUGGCUUGCAAAUUUGUGAAUAUGUAAUUGGCUAGAAAUUUGUAGGUAUGCAGAGAUCUUGCAAGAGUAUAGUUUCGUAUGAAUUGUUAUUUCCAUCUGUUGCUGUAUGCUCUUUGUCCUAGCUUCUGGUUAGGAAGUGGACAAUACAUUUGAAUGAAGAAGACAGUGAAAUCUAGAGGUGGAUAUGGUUCUCUUGGAACGUGUCCUCGCAACAUAGGAAGGGCUAGGAACUACCACUUCCCAGGAUGCUUUCUCUAUAUGGUUCCAUGAUAGAAUUCUGUAAUAGCCCAGCUUUCAUGAGAUUUGAAAGAAGCGCCUUUCAGUUUAUUGAGCCACCACUCUAGAGGGAGAUAGACAGACGCGUAGGGACUCCGUGGGUACCAUCUCCAGCUUAUUUUCCUGAUUGCCGGCCUUGCCAAUCAAAAGCACCUUCAAAACAAAUGCCAACUGCGUGACUUCUACUUUGUCAGAGGUGUAGGCUUUUACAGACACCCGACCAGCUUUUCCAGCACGGAUGCACAUCCACGGUCAGAUGUCCACAGCUUGCAUUUUCCUGAAAGCCCUAGACUGUCCACCAGGCCACUGAUUAGGAUGUCAUGGCCGUUGAUCUCAUCUAAUGCUCUGACCCCUUUUCCCUAGAUCUUAACAUAUUCAUACAAAGUCUGAUUUGUAUAGUGAACAUCUCAGUCUCAUAAUACUUCUCAUGCUUCUGUGUGUCUGCAGUGGUGCAUCCAUAAGAACAUAUGGGACUGUGUUUCCCUACAGCAUCAUUGAGCAGCUGUCCUGACCCAGUAUUUCUGUAAAAUAAAUCAGCAUUACUGACAUAUUGGGUAGAUGGUGUGGGUUUUCUGUUAUUCAGCACUAAAUCCAAUCCCUCAGGAUAUGUUCCAUUAUUAAGAUCGAUGAUGUGUGAUUAGACACAAUGUGAAUUUUUUUUUUGGUUGAACAAAUUCAGUGUUUAUGAGAAAUAUUCAAUUAACUGUUUCCAUAUGAGUUGUGCAUUAUAUAAAUGUAUAAAAUGAGAAAUAUUCUGUUGUUUUAAAAUGUAUACUAAUAAAUGUCAAUGUCUUUACUUAAAAGAUAUUAAACAUUGCAUCUAUGAGUUGUC